AGAUUCUCCACUUCCGGGUCCGCCAUUUUAUUGCCUCCAUUUCUCCACGAGGGGGGUUAAAGGCCCCCACAAUAUGCAUAUAUGAAAAGGCCAUAAAGUAACCGUCACUGACAGGGAGUCUAAACUAGAGAAGGAAACGAGACCAAACUGGCGGGCUUGGCGAAAACGCUGCCGGCAGCGUCCCGGACGAGGAGCUUCCUGAAAACUUUUGUUCCUAUGCAUAAAGAUGUCUUUGGUGGACUUAGGGAAGAGGUUGCUAGAAGCAGCAAGAAAAGGCCAAGAUGAUGAAGUGAGAACAUUGAUGGCAAAUGGUGCCCCAUUUACCACAGACUGGCUUGGAACAUCACCCCUCCACCUUGCAGCCCAGUAUGGUCAUUAUUCCACAGCAGAAGUGCUCCUGCGAGCAGGCGUUAGCAGGGAUGCGCGAACCAAAGUGGACAGAACCCCCUUGCAUAUGGCUGCAGCUGAUGGACAUGCGCACAUCGUGGAACUUCUUGUUAGGAAUGGUGCAGACGUGAAUGCCAAGGAUAUGCUGAAGAUGACAGCUUUGCAUUGGGCCACAGAGUACCACCAUCGAGAUGUUGUAGAGCUACUUAUCAAAUAUGGAGCUGAUGUCCAUGCUUUUAGCAAGUUUGAUAAAUCUGCCUUUGACAUAGCCCUGGAGAAGAACAAUGCUGAAAUUCUGGUCAUCCUUCAGGAAGCAAUGCAGAAUCAGGUGAAUGCUAAUCAUGAGAGAGUCAACCCUGUGACUAUGGCUACCCCAUUUAUCUUCACAUCAGGAGAGGUUGUCAACCUCGCUAGCCUUGUCUCUUCAGCCAACACCAAAACAACCUCAGUACACUUCUCAAAUUCUACCACCUCAGUGUUGGCCACCCUUGCAGCUCUUGCUGAAGCAUCAGCCCCCCUCUCCAACUCACACAGAGCCACAGCGAAUUCGGAGGAAAUCAUAGAAGGAAAUUCUGUUGACUCAUCAAUCCAGCAAGUGGUGGGGAGUGGAGGCCAGCGGGUGAUCACCAUAGUGACUGAUGGAGUCCCUCUGGGUAAUAUACAAACUGCAAUCCCUACUGGAGGCAUUGGCCAGCCAUUUAUUGUAACUAUGCAAGACGGACAGCAAGUUCUAACUGUACCUGCUGGUCAGGUUGCAGAAGAGACUAUAAUUGAAGAAGAGGAAGAAGAAGCAGAGAAGUCACCAUUGACUAAGAAACCAAGGGUAGAAGAAAUGACAAACAGUGUGGAGGAAAGUCAGGAAGGCACUGAAAAAGAGCUACUACAGCAGCAGCUUCAGGAGGCCAACCGAAGAGCCCAGGAAUACCGACACCAGCUCCUAAAGAAAGAGCAGGAGGCAGAACAGUACCGCCUCAAACUGGAGGCCAUGGCCCGACAACAGCCCAAUGGAGUUGAGUUCACCAUGGUUGAAGAGGUGGCUGAGGUAGACGCUGUAGUAGUCACAGAGGGGGAGAUGGAAGAGAGAGAGAUGGAAGUGCCUGGGGCAGGAGGGACCACAGAGCCUCAUACUGGAGUUUCCAUGGAAGCUGUUUCAUCUUAAUGUACAAGGGCCACAAUUUGUACUGUAUCCAUCUUUUUCUCCUUUUUAAAAGAAAAUACAGAGGACAAACCUUGUAUAAAAAUUAAGAAUGUCCUUAAGAAGAAAACUAUAGCAGGGUACAAUGCUCGGGCUCAGGAAGGCUUUCUGUGCAACUGGAGAUAACAGAACCAAAUUAGGGAACACUUCUUCUGAGGGGCCAGAAUAAUAAGGACCAAAUUUCUCAGCUUACAUCAUUGCUUUAAACAUAGAGGUAAAAGAAUGCUGCAUGUUGUAUAUUGAUUGUUUUUUAAAUAACUCACUUUUUAUCAAAAGAUUUUACUUUUAUCAAAAGAUUUUUUAAGAUAUCAAAAGAUUAUUUUAAGAUAACAUUCCUACUAUGGACACGCCCAGAUCCCUCAAUAGUUGUACCAUCAAGUGACCUGAAAAUUUGCCUUAGAUGUGUGAUGUGUAUCUGUUACAGAAGAAAAGUAAUUGGGAGGGAGGUUCGGAGCAAGCUUUGGGAAAGAAGAAGGAAUAUAUUCCACUUCCAAAGGAAUAGGCGCUCCUCACUAUCCUGAGUUCAUUUCAUGGGAAAGGAGUUCAUGAGUAUCUGCCUAAACUCACAUCCAUGGUGUGUCAUAGCUCAGCUGCCAGUUUUAAGAAACCAAAAUAUAAUAUUUAAAAACUGGAAAGGAACAAAAACUUGUUUAUGUGAAGUGUAUAUAAAUCCAGAAUCCUCCAGGCUGUGCUUUCACAGCGCUGGAAAGUGGCCAGACAGAGGCUUUUGGGGUUAUGAAACAAUCUGGUGUUGAGAUAGAAACUUUGCUCUGACUGCAUUUUAUGAAAUUACAAUCAGGAUGAUAGUCUGUUGUUAGAACAACUCACUUCCAAACAUUUAUUCAUGUAAUAUCAAGCUUUAAUAGCAAUUCUUUAAUUUUAUACAGUAUUGCUAAGUUUUCUGAGUGUGCCUUUCUGUAGAACUUACAUGGUAUCUCUUAUAUGCAAUAAAAGAAAGGGGUGGGAGAGAUGAAUGCUGGGGAUGUCGGGUAGUUUUGUUGCCUUUUGAUUCGGGAAUGAGUAAAUUGCUCUGUUCCUUAAGGUAGGACCUUAUGCAGAGCUUUUGUGCCUUAUAGGUGUGUGUGCCUUCUGCAAUAGGUGUUAGUGUGUGCUGGCAAAGGGAAUAAGAAUUGUCAGUGUCAUAGAGUAAGGAACCAAAGAUUCUGGCCAGAUACUUAAUGUGCUUCACUCCCUUCUCUCUCACUAUGCCUGCUCCCUUUGCCUAGACACUUCUGGAAAGUGUUUCAUUGCUGGGGGUUUCUUUGUGUGCCGGCUUGGAGUCAAGAAAGGGAAGUGUAAAUGAAGAGAGAGUGGUAGUGGAGAGGUUACAUUACAGAUGUUAUGCCUUUGAAAUUGGGCCCCCAUCAUUCUUGACUUGCUUGCUUGCUUUGUUGUAAAUGACAAGAAGAAACUAGAGGGAGAUGUGCCAAGUAAAUGUUGAAUGACUGUUUAGAAGAUGGUUUUCUAAAUUAGCGAUCAUGGGGAAAACAUUCAUUUUUAAUUUGGAGUAAAACUUGACAGUUAACAUGGUUCUAUGUAUCUUGAUCAGUGAAGUAACUUGCCACAGCUUUCCAGAGGUGAAAAAUCAUUUGGGGCUCAAAAAUAAACUGAAAACAUAACUCUCCAAACCAAGUUUAACAAGCAGAAUUGGCUAUUAGAGUCUUCUAGGCAAAAAUGUCAGUUUUAAAAUUAAUUUUGAUGACUGGCCACCUAAGCUUUGUUUUCCCCAUGGGCUUGUGUGCUGAGUGCUUCUCAGGUGGCCAGAGAUUACUUUGGGCUGUUGGGGAUGAUGGAGAAAUGCAGUGGAGGAGCCUAGGUAAGGGUGAGAAUAAGAGGGUAAAAUUAAGGUAUCUGCUGUCACAUUAUCCUGUUUCUGCUUGUGAUGUUUCAUUUCGUUUUGUUUUGAGUCCUUUUAUGAACCAGGUGCUAAUGAUAAGCUGCUAUUGUGUGCCAUUUCAGAGCCUUAGCUUUACCAUAGUUGGACCAAGUGUCAUUUUAGAUGUAUUUUGUUUAUGUUCUUGGUGUGUGUGUUAACUUUAAUUCCUUUUUUUUUUUCUUUCCUGUUAAGGGGGUUGAGUUUAAUGCUGCAGAAGAUAUCCAGGCCUAACCAUCUCACUCUAAGGUAGCUUCUGAUUGGGAGUGGGGAGUUUUCAUCCAGCACUCCCUUUUGAGCAUACAGAGUCCCUGCUGUUUUGGGGAACUAUUUAUCAGUUCUUACUUAUCCUUCUAUAGGAGGCUGUCCUUCCCACACACACACACACACAAAAUCUCUAAUCCAGCCCAAGGCAUUUCUGAGGAUGGGGUCUCUGAGACUGGGAGUUAGAGGAGAGGUUGGGAUAGGGGGAGAGAGAGAAGGGAAGUGUCUGGAAAGGGUAGCAAAAAGUUACUUGUUUUUAUUUACUUGGAAUAGACCGUUUAGCAUCCCAGAGAAGGGAGUAAGAUUUGGCCUCCAGUUGUAUUGCCUUGGAGAGAAUGGUAAGUCAGGAUCCCUUGAAAUAAUUAGAAGUUGAACAUUAAAUGCAUUAAAGUCAAUACCAUUUUAUGAUUUUGCAUUUAUCUCAGGAUCAUCCAUGGAAGUUGGGAAAUGUUGCUAGAUCUUCUAGGUUAGGGGAUUCCAGUUGGCUUAUUUAUGGCAAGGUUGGAUUACAGAGAAUCAAAUAACAGAUAAGUGGUUCAGAGUUGGUACUUGAGCAGAAGACACCUGGAGCCUAGGAUGGUUGCCUACUUUAAAAUAAAGCUGCUUUAAUAAUAUCAGUAUUAAUAUAGGAAAUUUACACUGUACCUUUGUAUUUUGAUCUUUAGCCUACCCCCUGCCCCACCAAGAAGAGAAAAAAUAAAUCUUAACAUUUCUGUUCUUGUUCCUUGGCUUUAGGGAAAUUCCUUAUAUAUGUGUAAAUGUACAUUCUCUUCCUACCACUACCUCUGUGGGAUCUCUUCAUUGUAAUGCCAGAGUUGAGGUCUUUUAACUGAAAUAUGGGAGAACUGGGCUUUAGGUUUUCUGUGUUUUGAACUUGGUGCCUUAAAAGAGGUUCUUUUUCUCUGUCAGAACUGUGUUCAGCUAUUUUUGGCUUUGCCUUUCCCCCUUCCUCAGCCUUACCCUUACAUAUUUAAAAUCUGUGUGUCUGCCCAGUAAUGUUGGGAAUAUAUGGCAUGCUGAUGAUUUUCCUCAUGCCAAUGUAAAAGCAAUGAAUUUUACCAAAGGGCUCUCCAAUUGAAGUUAGAUAUUAUGUGACCAGGGCAUUUUUAGUGCCCCUUCACAGGGUGUAUAUUUGUGUAUAUGUUUAUAAAGAUACAUGGACUUUCUCACUUUUUUCUUAUUUAAGGUUCAAUUCUGAAGUACCUGGUAUAACCUGGAAUUUUUUUUUUAAAUUUCAUGAAAUACAUGAAAGAGAGUUUCUUUGGAUUCACUAAAGGGGCUGAGGGGAAAAAGGCAUUGCUUUGGCCCUUCUCUGAGAGGCGUGCUUUCACAGGCAGUGAUGAGAAACCUGAGGAGUGAGAUCCCAGGGAGAACCAGUACCCAGCUUUACAGAGAUUUGUUUAGCAUUUAGUGUGAUGACACCAUGUAAACCGAAGGAUUCAGAGCAGUGUCAGGGUAGAGAUGGAGCUGCCCUUCUACGGAGCAAGCCUCCUUUCCACUCCCGUGGCAGCUAUUUUGACUGGCACUUGCACAAUCGCAGACCUCUGAAGAAAGAAACCCUGGAUAAAGUGCCAUGGCAGAAGGAGCAGACAUUUUCUACAUCUACUUUCCCAGUUUAGAAUUUCAUCCUUUUGAUAGGGAUUAUUUUAAGAAAAUUUGUGUUGCCCUCUCCUAACAACAUUGUGGACCAACAGAGCUGGAAGAUCUGAGGCACAUCGUGAACUCUUCCUAGAAGUUUAAUAUUGAGUGGGAAUCAGUUUUUGUCCCUAUUUAUUGGAGAAUGGCCUCCUAUUCUGUACUUCUUGUGCAGACAUCUCUUUAUGGGCAGAAAAGGAGAUUAAGAAUGGAAUACAGCCCUGGCUGGUGUGGCUCAGUGGAUUGAGCGCCAGCCUGUGAACCAAAGGGUCAUUGGUUUGAUUCCCAGUCUAGGGCACAUGCCUGGGUUGUGGGCCAGGUCCCCAGGAGAGGAUGCACAAAGGGUAGCUACACAUUGAUGUUUCUCUUCCUCUCUUCCCCUUUAUAAAAAUAAAUUUUUAAAAUGAAUGGAAUACAUGUCAAUACCAUGUAUAUGCUACUCUAGACUCUUAAUCUGUCUCCUUUUUAUGUGAUGAAUAUUUUCCCCUUCUAAGUUCGCACUCUUAUUUCCCGUGCUAAUAUAUUGAGCAAGAAGGAUAUACAUUCGAAUUACAUAGCUUUAGACCUCUGGUGCUGCCUUUUAUUUUAUUUUUUGAGCCUCUCUAGGAUUAGAGGGUAGGGUGACAUUUCUAGACUCUACAGCAGCAAGUUCGCUUGUUAAUGGCAGGAAAUUGUGAUUCCCUAUCUCUCUGUUUUCUCCCCUUCCCCCUCUAACUACUUCUGCUUCUGUGACCCCAUUGUUCUUAUCUCAUAGUCUUUCCCAGGAACUAGAACUUAAUUACCAGGUCAUUUAUGGUCCGUGGACCUUGUCUGUCCUCUUUCCACUUCCCUCUAUUCCAAAUACAUAUUUUCUGAAGUUUAUUCUGAAGUUUCUGUUUAUUUCUGUUGCUUCUGAGAAUUUAGGUCACAGUCUCCUAGAUGGUUUCAGGCAGUUGGUUUCAGGCAUCUUGCUCCAUCAGUAAUGAUGGCAGCUUCAUUCUCUGGCUUGGCCCUGUCUCCUGUCCUCUGCCAAGGCCAUUCAUGUUGGGGCAGGAGGUGGGGAGGUAGGUGAUUAGGGGGGAGGAGAGAAAGAGUGUGGGUGGGGUGCCUCUGUUUUUCAGGUUGUCUGACAGCUUUAUGUACAGUAUGUUUUAGGAAAACUGAAAUAUACUUUUAUUUAGGGUUUUAAUAAAAUAGGGUUUGAUUUCGAUGAGCAAGUUUGUGUGUGUGUGAUUGAGCAUUUGUGUGUGUAUAUACAUCUAUACAGAUCUAUAUUAUAUAUACAAUUUUUGUACUAUCAUUUAAAAUAAAAGUGUUUCUUAAUAAAAUAUCAAAG